GGUUAUGUAUACCUCGAAGAAGUCUAUCAUAUAUAUUCUCACCCGUUUACAUGUAUUUUCGCGUGAAUAAAUCCAUCUAUAGCUAUAGAUCUCCCUAAUGUAAACUCGCCAUAAUAGCCGAGAUUCCCAACAAUUUUUACUUGUGUGCAAUCUCUAUGGAAUUGUAUGCAUUGCUCAGCCGUAAACAAAUCAGUUUUUACGCUUUGCUUAUAAUAAUUAUUAUAAUUAUAAUUAAACCACUUGCUGGUUCGAGUAGGUAGUGCAAAGUUCGUCGCCCCUCAAAAUUCCGUCUUCAUCCAAUCUGUGAUUCCAAUAAAAAUGACUUCCAAACAACUGCUGGAACGUUGCGUGUUUUGUAACAUAGUCAGUGGGAAGGAUCCCAACGCUGUGAUGCUGUUCGACAAUGAACGAAUCUGCAUCUUCAAGGAUAUUCGGCCAGCAGCUAAUUACCACCUGCUGGCCGUACCAAAGUAUCACAUAAACGAUACGCGAUCCCUAACCGUUGACGAUAGACCCCUGUUAGAGGAAAUGAGAACCGAGUUGGGUAAUGUGCUGACAAGCAAGCAUCAGAUCGAUCUGGCAACGGUGAUUUUCGGCUUCCAUAUUCCACCAUUUACGACGGUCAAACAUUUACACAUGCACGGGAUAGCUCCGGCCAGCAGUAUGGGAUUUAUUUCGAGAAUGAUAUUCAAACCGAACACAAUGUGGUUCAAUACUGUUCAAGCUGUUCUGGAGAGGCUUCCCCCAACUGAGGACGGAACUCGGGCGAAUGAAUGACAAUGAUGAUUAGAAAUAUAUGUUUGAACGCACGAUUUUAUAUGGGGAAUCGGUGGAAAAUAAAUAUGCCGAAAUAAAAUAGUGCUCUGCAUAUUAA